CUUUAAGUUAAGUAGAAUAUUAGAUAUUUUUGUUAAAGAAAAAUGAACAGCAAUCAGUUUUAUAGAAACGUAGUUUAACGUUACUAUAGGUAUAGUAACAAGUACCCAUGUACAGUUGGUCAUGCGCUCAGGGAAACGCGGGAUUGGUUAAAGUAUUGAGAUUUAAAUAUUGAAAUCCGUUGCUUGUCUUCCGCAUGACAAAAACAGGAAAAUUUGUAUUUGAGAAGGAAGUUAGCGCUGAAUAUAUUUUUUUAGUGAAACGUACAACUAACGUGAGCAAUAUUAAUCAGAACACGACGUUUCUUGUAAUAUACUGCACGAUCCAGCGAAAAAGAUAGUACAAAAUGUCAAAAGAUGAGAAAGAAUGCGUUAUUCCUGACGUGAUAUACGACGUAAACUCGGGAAAAAGUUAUAUCAAAGGACGAUUUUUUGGGAAAGGUGGUUUUGCAAAAUGUUACGAAAUCAGAGAAUCAAAGACACAUCGUGUAUUUGCUGGGAAAAUUGUGCCAAAGUCACAAAUCACAAAGAGCAAUCAUAGAGAAAAAAUGACGCAAGAGAUUUCCAUUCAUCAAACUUUGAACCAUAAAAAUAUUGUUGGCUUUUAUGGUUUUUUUGACGAUCCGCAGAAUGUAUAUAUAAUUUUGGAGCUGUGCAGAAAAAGGUCAAUGAUGGAAUUGCAUAAACGUAGAAAAGCACUAACAGAAUGUGAAACGAGAUAUUAUAUGAAGCAAAUUUUAGAUGGUGUAAAUUACUUGCACCAAAAUAAAAUAAUUCACAGAGAUCUAAAAUUAGGUAACUUGUUUUUAAGCGAUGAUCUGCAGGUUAAGAUCGGUGAUUUUGGUUUGGCUACCAGGCUAGAGCAUGAAGGAGAACGUAAAAAAACACUGUGUGGAACACCAAAUUAUAUAGCACCAGAAAUUUUAACUAAAGUUGGACAUUCUUAUGAAGUUGACAUAUGGAGCAUUGGAUGCAUUAUGUACACUUUACUUGUGGGAAAACCUCCAUUUGAAACAUCGAGUUUAAGGGAAACUUAUGCUAGAAUAAAACAAGUCCAAUACAAAAUUCCUAAUUAUAUUGGUACAGUUGCGAUGAGCAUGAUUUCUAAUAUGUUACAAGGAAAUCCAUCCAAACGCCCUUCCAUAACAAAAUUAAUUAAAGAUCCAUUUUUUUCUUCUGGUUUUAUGCCACAUAGUUUGCCACUGUCAUGUUUAACAAUGGCACCACGCCUAGACCUGCUGGAAAUGCAUAAUCAACGUAAGCCAUUAUCUGAAAUGAAUACUAAUGUAGGAGGAGAGGGACAAGACUUCGUAUUCCGUGUACCUAACAGUCCGGCGCGUAAAACGAAGCCUGCGGAUGCAAUAAACGAAGUCCAGAAACUGAAUCUUGAUAUUAAAAAGAUGCUUCAGACAUUAAGAGAGCAGUUGAGUGCUGUAUUAAAGUCUAAACCAUGUAGAGAGACAACUUCGUCAACAGAUGAAAUGACUGACCCUGCUGCGCAACCUGUACUUUGGAUAAGCAAAUGGGUUGAUUACUCGGAUAAAUAUGGAUUCGGAUACCAACUUUCUGAUGAUGGUGUGGGUGUAAUGUUCAACGAUGGGACUCGUUUAAUAAUGCUGGCUAAUUGUUUCAAUAUCCACUAUAUAAAUCGCGAAGGAGAUGAAUUGUAUUACACAGUCAGAGAAUAUCCCUCUGAAUUAGAUAAGAAAAUGAGGCUAAUGAACUUCUUUUUAAAGUACAUGAAAGAACAUUUGAUGAAAGCUGGAAGCUCUGUUGCUGUGAAACCAUGCGAUGCGAUGUCUAGGAUACCUUAUAUGCAUCAGUGGUUUAGAACACAGAGUGCUGUAGUUAUGCAAUUGACUAAUGGAACAGUACAGGUAAGUAAUUAAACAUUCUAAGUCAUAUCUCUGUUUAAGUUUCGAAUUUUCGAAUGUAAUACAAAAAAUUUAAUUUAUAAUAUUUCAC